AAUGUAACGGCAUUUUUAUGAUUUCCAACCCUACAAAUCGGAGUUAUUUUGAAUACCUGAACGCAGCAUCAGUAUCGAUCGUUGCACUUCACAUCAAGCAUCUCCGCACGACACAGGGCUCACAGGCGACAGUUACAUUGUUUGAAUGUGUAUGAAAGAGUGAACAGCAGCAGACAUCAUGACCAUAAGGAACACUCUUCGUGAUCAUGGACAGAGGUAUCGCCCACGGAUGGCUUGUCUCAAGAAGGCAGAGAAGGUGGUGCUGGAGAUGCAGGACCCCAAAACAGGAGUGAAGUCACAGCCUCAGAGACUGGUUAUCACAACGAUACCACACGCUAUUACUGGUGAAGACAUAAUUGCAUGGUUAGCGGACAGAUUUCAAAUAGAUGCACAAGAGGCAAAGAAUUUGGGCACCAUGCUUGUGGCGUUAGGAUACAUCUACCCUAUUCAAGACCAUAAACGCUUAGUGAUCAAACCAGAUGCAUCUCUUUAUCGCUUCCAGACACCGUAUUUCUGGCCGGCACAGCAGUGGCCUGUCGAGGAUACAGAUUACGCGAUAUAUCUGGCAAAAAGAAACAUACGUAAGAAAGGCCUCCUGGAGCUGCACGAACAGGAGCAAUAUAACCGUCUUCACAAGUGGAUGAAUCAUAAAUGGGAUUUCAUAGUGAUGCAGGCAAAAGAACAGUACAGAGCUGCAAAGGAGAGGAAGAAACCAGACCGUGUUGUGUUUGAGUGCCAGGAGAGAGCGUACUGGGUGGUUCACAGACCUCCGCCAGGGACAGUGAGCGGGAUGGACUACGGACUUGAUCGCAGAAUAGAUCCUAACGGGGAUGAGGUAAAAACUCCUGACUAUUACGAGAGAAUUAUGAUCUUCACGCAGCAGUCCAUCAUGAGGCCCAGAGUCAAGUCCUCCGUGUCCAUUGGCGCGUUGGUGAAGUACUGUGCCACCUACAACAGCCACGACCCUUUCCUCUCCAAGAGUUUCCCCAGCAACCCCUGGCUCACCGAUGAUGCCACAUACUGGACCUUGAACAUGCCCAAUGUGGAAAUGCCGACUAAAAUGCGCGUGGAGAGGUGGACGUUCAGCUUCGGAGAGCUGCUGUCAGACCCCCGAGGACGAAAUGAUUUCAGACUCUUCUUGAAGAAAGAAUUCAGCGGAGAGAACUUGGCUUUCUGGGAGGGCUGUGAAGACCUGAAGUGGGGCGCAGCUGCGACGAUGAGAGAGAAGGCAGAGCAGAUCUACAAGACAUUCCUGGCUCGUGGCGCUCCUCGCUGGAUAAACAUCGAUGGAAAGACGAUGGAAGUCACGGUGAAAGGCCUGAAACACCCGCACAGAUACGUGCUGGACCCGGCCCAAACUCACAUCUACAUGCUCAUGAAGAAGGACUCAUACGGCCGGUACUUGAAAUCGCCUGUGUUCAAGGACACUCUGAAGAAGGCGAUAUGUCCUGAAGAACACAAGUUUAGUGACGCCCAGCUGGAGCAGAAUGCGAGGACCAGACGGCCCAGUCUCAGCCCAAUCGUGCUCCGCCAGCAGGAGCAGGAGCAGAAGGCCAAGAUGGCCGCCAGUGUCGACAUCACACAGAUCUGCCGCUUCACCACUCCCGUACCUCACCUUGCCGUCUACUCCGGCAUCUCUGACUUCCCCUCCUGCAACGCCUCACCCUCCCUACCUUUCAUGGCCAACACCCCGGUUUGUCCGUCCCCCAUCAGCCUGGCCUUGGACAGCACGUCUGCGUCUGAGCGCCGCGCGGAGCCCAGUGAAGGCGACAGUGACGGGAACGCCGGGACUCGAGCCACGGUGGUCGGACACGUGUCCAAGUCCCGCAUGGCGUUGUCCCUGCGGCGUCUGCUGAAGCGAGGCUGCACGCCCUCUAACAUGUUCGCCAGCCUGUCGCCAAAAUGCCACUCGGCUGCCGGGACGAGUAGCCGGAUUCAGCCAAUCAGCCCGGAUCAGCCGAGUCAGGCUCCGCCCAGACGGAUUGGCAAUUUCUUCCAGAUCAAAGUGGACAUUCCUCCAGAGUGUCGGAUAUACCCCAUAGAGUCUGAGGACGAGGAGGAGGAGAACAGAGCUGCCUCUCGGGGAGGAGGGGUGGGAGCCAAAGAGAUCAUCUGCCCCUGGGAGAGCCUCACCCCGCAGAACGGGACAGGCUAACAAGCUAACAAGGCUAACAGGCUUACAGAAUACGUUUGCACAGGUGUAAAAAGAAAAAAGAGAAGAAGAAGAAGAAGAAGAAGAAGAAGGUGUUUAUAUAUGUGUGUAAGUGUGAGCUGGCAGAUUGGUCGCAUGUUUUCAAUGGGAUAAAAAAAAAAAAGAUUCCUGAUACAGAGCAUGUAAGGGAUUAAAUGUGAAAACGUGGCCAUGCUGUCACAAACAGGUCUAAAACAUAAA